AUAUAAUAAACAAACAUAAUUUACAGAUUUUUACAAAAGAAUCCGGAAAGAAUCCUGUUGGCCACUUCAGGUCAUUUACCUUUACUCUUCACCAGUCCAACCUUCAUCAGAAAUCACCCAACUUCUUCCCUUCAACGCGGUUUUCAAUAUUCAGGGUUUUUCAAAGUUGGUUGCUUUUUCUUGUUCUGGGAACCGAUCGAAGCAAAAAUGUUCAAGCGGGUGUUUGGGAAAGCUAAGCAGGAGGCCAAUCCCCUGCCCACGAUUCACAAAUUAAACGAUACACUUGAGAUGCUGGAGAAGAAGGAGAAAGUGCUUGUGAAGAAGGCAGCUCAAGAGGUUGAGAAAGCUAAACAAUUCACUCAAGCAAAAAACCGAAAUGCGGCGAUAAAGUGUUUAAAAAGGAAGAGGCUUUACGAACAACAAAUUGAACAGCUUGGGAAUUUCCAAUUGCGCAUUCACGAUCAGAUGAUAAUGCUGGAAGGUGCAAACGCUACAACAGAAACUGUUGAUGCAUUGAGAAGUGGAACUGCUGUAAUGAAGGCCAUGAACAAGGCCACGAAAAUUGAUGAUUUGGAAAAAACAAUGGAUGAGAUCAAUGACCAAACUGAAAGCAUGAAACAGAUUCAGGAUGCACUGUCAGCACCUAUCGGUGCAGCAGCUGAUUUCGAUGAGGAUGAAUUGGAGGCCGAGCUUGAAGAACUAGAAGGAGCUGAAUUGGAGGAGGAGCUUCUCCAGCCAGCCACGAGUGCUCCUGCAGCUCCAGUAUAUGUAAAUCCUGAAGCAGGCAGGCAACCAGCCCGACCAGCUCCUCAGAGAAAUAACCGUGAGGAAGAUGAGCUUGCUGCAUUACAGGCAGAGAUGGCACUUUAAGCGGUUAUAUAUGUGUAUCAGUAGUAACAUGUAGCGGGAGACGUUUAAUAAACUAUGGAGGAUGGUGCGAAUCUCUCGGACUCUCCAGGCUGACCAGUAGACCUUUUUACCGCAUUUGAUGAUUGUGAGGACACUGUAUAUAUAAUUUUAAGCAGAUAACAGUGUGUACUUUGUAAUUUACUCGAAUUGUAAAACUAUACCGGGAACCUUUUGCCCUCCGAUCCCGGUUCAGUGACUAAAAAACCAGAUGGGAAUACGACGUUAUCUCUUAGUGAUACAAUUAUGUAUGUCCUUUUAUAUCAAUGUCAAUGUUUUUGUUUUCGUCCA